AUGUCUCUCCGCAUCAGAAUAUCGAAACCAGGCCACUCGACCGCGCAGGUGAGGGCCGCCACAGUUUCAUCCCAUUCCCGUCAAACCCAUCUCCAGGCUGCUGCGGAGCCCUCCCGUCACCACAAACACGCGAAACGGCGCAUAGACUCGGACGAAGAUGUCGAGGGGCCCGAGAGGGUUCCCUCAGAGGAACCCGAGGCCAAGAAGCCACGUCUCAAUCGAGCAAAGACGGCUGAGAGCCAGCCGUCCGCAGAUGAAGGCGAGUCCGAGGUCGACAUUGAAGGCACGCCCGAUGACGCCGACGCCGAUGUCGAUGUCGAUGUUGAGAGCCAAAUUAAGGAUGCCCGCCUCUUGCCCCGGCCCUCACCGUUGCCAGUACGCGGAUCCUCAACUAAGCGCGGCGCUUCGUCCAAGUCGCGCGCGAAAGGCGAGAAGCCGGCGCAUCGGCGGUCCAAGCGUGUCCCGGUGUGGUCGGACGACGAGGAUGAGGACGAGGAGUACGCUGAGCUCCCGCAGGCCGUGGACGAUGUCGACGACGACUUCGCGCCAGAGCCGGUGCAUCGCACUUCCAAGCGGGGCGCGGUCACUGGGAAGUCGAGAGAAGGGAAGGCAGGUGCGGGCUUGAAAGGUGGGCGCGGUAGGUCGAAGAAGAGUAAGGAGGGGAAGGGAGUCGUUAUUAUGAAAGAUGAGCGAAAACUCCCUCCGACUGCAUCCUCGGGAACUCCGGGCGCUGGCGCCAGCACGAAACGUGCGCUCAUCAAAGACAACGAAGCACAAUCUCUUGUCCUAGGUGCUGUUGAUGCGCAGGUGGACGAGCACCUUAAGGUGAAGGAACCCACACCACCGCCUCCCAAGAAGCGCAAGCUGCCCACCAUCAAAAAGAACAAGCCUGCCACUGGCACCACACCAUCUACGCCUGCUACAACAAAACCACCUGCUCCACUACCUGCUCCAUCCCCGGCGGCGGAUCCGACGGGAGGGCAAGCUACUGACAAUAAUCUGAACGUAGGCGUCGGUGCCGGUGGCAGAAGGCCGCCUAUGAUCAAUACGGCGGACGUCGAUCUCCGAGAUUCAAGUGUCUAUGCACAGCUGUUUGCUAAGACCGGAGGGUCUACUCCCAACUCGGGACUCAACAGGAAAGAAAAGGAAGAGGAGCGCAGGAAAGAGCUCAACAGAAUGCGGGAUGCGGCGCGAGCGAAGCGCGCCGAGGAAGCGAAACACUGUUUCGACCUACAGGCAGCACAUGAGAAGAUCCAGCGGUUUGAGGAGAAACUUCGCGCGCGCAGGUCCACGGCGGUGUUUCCCAAUAUCCUCGGGGCUGCAUUCAUGACCCCGCAGGAGAGGGCACGAAAGGGCACUAACGAGGAGCGCAAAGAGCGCUAG